AUGGCUACCAACGGCUCUUUCUCCCACUACCAUGCGGCUUCCUCUGCUGAGGCUAUUGAGUCCGAGAAGCAAUAUGCUGCUCACAACUACCACCCUCUCCCUAUUGUCUUUGCCCGGGCCCAGGGCACUUCGGUCUGGGACCCCGAAGGUCGUCACUAUCUAGACUUCCUCUCCGCCUACUCCGCAGUGAACCAGGGCCACUGCCACCCCAAACUGAUUGCGGCGCUCGUGGAUCAAGCUUCGCGUGUCACUUUGAGCUCCCGUGCCUUUUACAAUGACGUCUUCCCUCGCUUUGCCCAGUUUGUUACAAGCUACUUUGGCUUCGAUAUGGUCCUGCCCAUGAACACUGGUGCCGAGGCUGUCGAGACCGGUAUCAAGAUCGCCCGCAAAUGGGGAUACAAGGUCAAGGGCAUUCCGGAGAACAAGGCUAUUGUGUUGAGUGCAGAGAACAACUUCCACGGUCGUACGUUUGCCGCCAUCUCGCUCUCCUCUGACCCCGAAUCGCGCGAAAACUACGGCCCUUACCUGCCCGGUAUCGGCUGCACGAUUCCCGGAACAGAGAAACCCAUCGCAUACAAUGACAAGGCUGCCCUCCGCGAAGCCUUCGAAGCCGCCGGCCCCAACCUGGCCGCUUUCCUUGUCGAGCCCAUCCAGGGUGAGGCAGGCAUUGUCGUCCCAGACCCUGACUACCUGCAGGAAGCCCGCGCUCUCUGCGAUAAGCACAAUGUGCUGUUGAUCUGUGAUGAGAUCCAGACUGGUAUUGCCCGCACGGGUAAGCUCCUCUGCCACGAGUGGAGUGGAAUUAAGCCAGAUCUUGUCCUCCUAGGCAAGGCUAUCUCAGGUGGUAUGUACCCUGUCUCUUGCGUGCUGGGCAGCAAGGACGUCAUGCUCACGAUCGAGCCCGGGACCCACGGGUCCACCUACGGCGGAAACCCACUUGGUUGCGCUGUCGCCAUUCGCGCACUUGAGAUCGUACGUGAGGAGCGUAUGGUCGAGCGCGCGGAGGAGCUCGGUCACUUGUUCCGGGCUGGACUUGAGGGUCUCCAGAGCCCGCUUAUUCAGACGGUGCGCGGAAAGGGUCUGCUCAAUGCUAUCGUCAUUGAUGAGUCCAAGACCAAUGGACACUCUGCUUGGGAUCUGUGCAUGUUGAUGAAGGAGAAGGGAUUGCUGGCCAAGCCCACUCACCAGAACAUCAUCCGCCUUGCGCCGCCACUGGUCAUUACCGAAGAGGAAAUCCAGAAGGCUCUUGACAUCAUCAAGGAGGCUGUUGCCGAACUCCCCAACCUCAAGGGUGCAUCCGAGGACCAUGUCAUUCCUCCCCCUGAGAAGAAGGUCAAGAUUGGUGUCGAGAACUAG